GUGUGCAUGUGGUUGAUUUUACCUUGCGUUAAUUUUAUUGGUCAAUCACUGCUCUAUUGCUAUUGGUGCGAUAAUUAAAUAGUCAUUAGAUGAAAAAGUCAACCUGAAUCAAGUUGGCCAGUGGGAUAGUCUUUUUGGUCUUAAUGGUACCUUCAGUACUACAGUCGUAUCACUUCACUGGCUUGUAGUACUGUGAAAUGCCAACUUUUCUUUACUAUGAUAUGAUGUCAUAUCUGAAUGAAUAAAUUGAAAUGCCAACUGGUAUAAUAUUUUAAUUAUUUUGAGGAUCAAUACGAUGACAGAAGUGAACGAAAAUUCGGACUCUGGAAUUAAUUCUGCAUCCAUCCAAUUAAAUGAGGACGACUGGCUACAGUUACUGCAGAAACUUACUCCCUCUAGUAUCGAGAGUCUUCAGCAAACCUUAAAACGGUUACAAACUCCCGAACAUAACACGACAGAUAAGCCAAAUCCGUCAAUAUCUCUAAGCAAUCACUCUGCUGCGAUUCACCCGUCACAAUCCGUUAUUGGCCAGGCCCACCCAAUUGUCAUGUCUCUCGGUAUGACGAAAGCACCUAUUGCUCCUGUGAUGGCAAUGCCCCAUGUUCUAAACAUUUCGAAAAAUGCAGGAAAUUCUCUCCCAGGGAGGAUAGUUCUUCCUUCAUCAGCACUUCUUAUCGCACCCCAGGCUCCUGGACAGACUUACUCGUUAGAUUCCUGUGUACCAGUUGCUGAUUUGAGCAGAUUAGUUGUGACCAGUGGUUGUUUACCAAAUGCGACUACAGGCUUGCUGACGGCUGCAAGCGUACCGGACACUUUCAGUAGUCUGAACACACUGGCAAACGCUGCAGUUGCUAUGGCAGCGAGCGCUUCUCAUUGGCCACCCAGUGUUUCUGUUCCGUCUACCACGACUACAGUUCAACAGUCGAACACAUUUCAGUUUUCUCCUAACCUGUGUACAUCUACUACAUCUGGAACAAUUGUAUCCCCAAGUAGUUCCGUAGGUGAAUUGAUGCAUACAACAUCUAAUUCUACUUCAGAUCUUGCUACACCUCUUAUAUCAAGCUUGGGACAAACAAGCCUUACAGUUUAUCCAGUUCAUGUUUCUGCAAAUGGUUCGACUGUAUUGAUGGCUGCACCAGUAACAACAACUACAACUUCAACAGCCGCUGUUAACAUUUCAAGACCAUGCAUUACAACCAAUACAUCUGUUUCCGUCAGUUCUUCAUCGUUUGGAAAUUACUUAAAUUCAGUUGGUGAGACAUCCACCUUAUCUCCAUUGUCUAUUACAUGUAAUUCUAAUCUAUCUACAAAUUCAGUUACUAGUCCUGGACUUGUUAUGUCAUCAACUCCACGAGGAAAGCCUAAGUUUAAGGCAUUGUGGGAGUCUACACUUUCUAGUAAUAGUGAUCGUAUUAACCAGCCAUCUACUGGCGGUGAAUCUUCAACAAAUUACGAUCAAACAAUGAGUCGUUCUCUUGAGGAAUGCACGACAGCGACAAUAACAACGACCACAACAACUUCAGGAGCAACAUCAAGAAUAAGUCGUUCAAAUAAACGUCAGUCACCUAUGCUUGGAGCUAAGUCAAUUGGUCAGACACCUAAGCGCCUUGCUGCAACAGCAGCAUCCCUUUCACAGGAAAAUAAAUCUAAUUCUUCAGAUGGCUGUAGAAAAAAGUUCCUUCUUAUUUGUUCUCCGCCCAAAAAUACACCAAUAAAAAGCCAAAUGGAAUUAGAUUCCGGUACAUUCUUACCUGGUAAUAAUCCUAAUUCUGAGUCCAACGUAUUAUCAGCUGUUACAUCAUCAUCGUCAUCAUCAUCUGUAGAAGUUAAUGCAAUAGAAUCUCAUAAGUCUACUUCUGGACAACCAACAACUAUGUCUGAUGAUCGUGAAACACUGAGCAAAGUGGCAGAACGUAAUUCUACUGUUACAACUGCCAGUGCUAAUAGCAAUUCCUUGAAACACUGCACAGGAUCCAAUAUUUCAUCUAGUCGUGAUUCAUCAGAUAUUGCUGAUUCAGAUCCUAUUGGUUGUGAAGUAUUUGUUGGAAAAACAUUUGAAAGUGGAAGACGAAGUUUAAAAGAAGAAACAGUUAGUGAUGAUGAAGCAAGACGAAGGGCUAAACGACGUGAGCGUAAUCGGGUUGCAGCAGCUAAAUGUAGACAAAGAAGACAAGAUCAAAUUGAAGAGUUGCAACAUCGUGUUGAUGCGUUGACUAGAACAGGACAAGAACUUCGUUCAUCUCUUCGUUCACUAGACUUAGAACGAGCUAAACUGGAAACGCUUAUUGAAGAACACAAAAUUGCAGGUUGUCCAGCUGCUGAGAAAAUUUUAUCAAUGAGUAAAAAUUAUUCAGAUAAUUCUGGAUCGUUUGAAAAUUAUGCAGAUAAUUUAAAGAGGGAUGAAUUAAUGAUGGAUAGUGGAUAUUGUGAUGAUGAGAGUACAAUGCCUGUUGCAUCACUGUCGUCUCCUUCCACCGUUGACUCUUCGACUACACUGACUACUGUUACUACGAGUAACAGUGGCGGUAGUACUAGCGGCAGCUGUAAACCAAUAUCAAAUCUUGUAAAUAUUCAUCCUUGCCCGCCUAAAUUAGAUAUACGCUGUCAUAAUAUUCGACCUAAUACGUCUUCUUCUUCGUCAUCAUCUAUACCUUUUGUUUCCAAUACUUCUGUUGUAAUCACUGUUGGUGCUGCGAUUCCUACGACGAAUGCCACUUCAUCCUGCAUUACUACCACUACUACUAACAGUACCAGGAGUAGUAGUGGUAGUAAUGAUAACAAUUCUAUCAUCACUAACAGUAAUAAUAAUAAUACUCACUGUCUUAUACUCAGUACUAAUGAAGAUCAUAAUCAAUCAAUUUUAGUACUUAAACCGGAACCUGAGGCCAGUGGGGCGUCUAGAUGUGCUACUACUGCUACUACCAGUAGUACUAAUACUAUCACUACAGUUACUGGCUCUACACCAUCAACAACAACAACAACGACAACAACGGCGAUAACAACAACCACGGUGACACCAUCAGUAGGUACAACAACAACAACAACAACCAGUGUAACACGCCUUAUCUCCCGACCAUCAACUCUUCUACCGUUAUCAACAUUGUCAACAUCGACAACAUCAGCCCAGCCAUUGGAUAUGUUGAAGGCUCAACGUCAAGCAUUAUCUAAAGUAGCUGAUUGUGUAAAUCAAGUGAUACCAUCAUUGUCGAAUACAUCAACAUCAUGCUUUUGGUCAUCAAAUGAUUUACAAAAUCUGUCACCUAUACUUACACCAUCAACAUGGAAAUUAUUAAAAAAUCUGACUUCUGCAAGUAAUAAUAACAGUAGUAUUGGUAAUAAUAAUAACAAUAAUAACAAUGGUAAUAAUAAUAAUAGCAGUAGUAGUAGUAGUGGUAGUACUAUUGGUAGUAAUACUAUUCAACAAUCUUUCCUUUUAACACCAACACUAAGUCCUCUUUAUUCUGCCUUACCCGCACAAACAUUUACAUCAUUAACAAGUAUGGAGACAUUAGGAUCUAUAAACAAUAAUAAUAAUAGUAAUAAUAUCAGUACAACGAUAGGUGAAUUGAAUUCACUAUCAAAUGUAAAUAAUACUAGUCAAUCUGUUAUUAGUGGUCAGCAUACAAAUGUUGCAUCAUUGUUGUUCAGUACUAAAGUUGCUUCGAGUAACUGUGAUAGUAGUAAAAAUGAGUUAUCAAGUCAUCUGCAUCAUCCUUCACCUCUUUCUACUAUUACUAAUACUACUACAACAACCACUACUCAUCAUCAUCAUCAUCAUCCUCAUCAUCAUCAUGGCAACAGCAAUGAUGAACUUAGUCAUUCUGUACAAAUACAACAAUCAACUCAAUUAAAUGGACAAUGAAUUUACAAAGAAUACAUAACAAAAUGUAUAAAAAAUGUGUCCCUGUUAUAAACACACAUAUAUAUUCCUUCGCCCCUCCCACCCACCCCCGCCACCACAUCUUACAGUUUCUCCGGUUCGGUGAUGAAUAUGUGUGGUAUAAGUCAUCCUGUGAUCAAUGAGUUUAUCACAGGUCCUUUUUUGUUUCUUCCUCUCUGUCUGUCUGUCUACCUAUCUAUCUAUCUUUCUCAGAGAGGUGAACUGAAAGCAAAGAAGAGACAGCUCUCUUUGUUUGUUUGUUUGUUUUGUUUCUUUUCCUCCCUCUUUGUGAAGUUGUACUAUGGAUUUGUUUCAUCUGUUUCUACGUUGUCUUUCUUUCAGUGGUUUGGUUUAGUUUUUCUAUGUGUUUGUGUAUUGUUCAGACUAUCUAUCACGUUCAUUCUUCUUCUUCUUCAGUUCAGUUUCUUGUUUACUCUUACAUCCCUGGGAUAGUGAGUAUAUAUGUAUAUGUAUAUAUUCACUUUGAAUGCAUUUGUUUGCACAACUACUAAUAUAUAUUGUUAUUAUUCAAUAUAGUGGAACUCAUUUAACACUUAAAAAACUAAACAACAGACGGACAAUAUCAAUAAAAACAACAACAACAACAAAAUAUUCGACUAUUUUCUCCUUUAUUUCAAUUUUCAUGAGGCAGCUGUUUAGCAAAUAUUAUUAGUCAGAGGAUUAUCCCAUUGUCUACAGCUUUCAGAAAAAAAAGUAAAAUAAAGUAGAAAACAAAAAUGAAAAAGGAAUUAAGAGAUGAAUACUUCUCGAAACAGAGCAUUAAAAAAAAUAAAAUAAAGGUAUAGAUUGUGACUCACACAUCACAAAGACGCACAAUGCGCAUAUACAGCAUGUACGUAUGCAUUCUUUGAAGAAUCAAGUUUUGUUCUGUCUUGUCUUGUCUUAUUUAUUCUCCGGCUUACACGCUUACACACUCUUUUUAAACCAAACCAAUCCACACUGGCCUACAAAUACGUACAUAAUAAGUAUAUGCGUACACCUUUGCACUUAUAAAUAGACACUUUUCUGGCUUUCCCAAAUUUUUGGCAUAUUUUUUUACCUACUUAUAUAUUAUGACAGUAGUUAAACUUGUUUGACAAGAUAAAUCAUGUCUUUCUCACAUUGGUUUCCAGUAGAUUCUAUUCAGACAACUAGUAUCAGUUUGUUUCGUCUAUUACACUUCUGAAUUGUACAAAAUUAGUUAGCGAAAUUGUUUAUUUUUCAGGUAGAUACAAAAGCUGUUAUAUAUGUGAAGAAGAAAAAAGAUUGUUUCUUAUUCUGGCAAAAAUUCUAUGUUCUGAUUUCCAGUUUGUACACUAGUUCGUUUAUCCGUUUUCCCACCUAUCCUUACGUAUAGUAGUAGUAGUGGUAAUGGUAGUGGUGUGAAUUGUACAAGUAAGGCAACAACUUACAAACAUAAUAUAAACAUUCAUAUUAUUUUAUUGGAUUUUAUCUACCUCACAAAAUUCAUUUGCUUUUUCCCCGACUAUUUCCAAAUACAUUGACCAGUUUCUACUGUGUAUUUGUUUAUUUUCACAAGGAAUGAUUAAUAAAAAUAAUAAAUGUUCUUCGACUGUCACUUGUCACUCCCCUGUUAUCGAUUUAUGUAUCUGCUCAUCUAUACAUUUGUGAAAAAAAUAUAUAUACAUGUGCACAUAAAAGCUACAAAUACUUGUAUCUUUAUUCUUCUCUGAGAACACUGGUUCAAUUUACUGAAUACACCUUGUAUAUCUACUGUGAAAAGUUUUGAUAAAACUCUCUGAAGUCUAUUACAAUACACUUAUUAUCAUUAUAAUUCAUCAACUCUAUGCCAUUUUGUUUGCACAAGUCAUAUUUACAGUAGGAUAUUUGCUUAUAAAGAUACUGGACUUGAGUAAUGUUGUGUAAUACAACGUACAUAUUCUAAUCAUGCAUUCAUAAGGUAUCAUCAUCUGAGAUUAUUCAGCAAGAAUAUUAUAUUAUAUAGAAUUUAAGAAGUGUCUUUUGUAGGGGCUGAUCUCUAAUCUUGAAUUUCGCUUUGAUGGUAAUAUGAAGAAACAUAUUAACUAAUAGUCAGCUUACUUGGAAUUAAAGGGGAUUAAAGAUUUCUGUACACACACACACACACACAGACAUACACACAUACAUACAUACAUAAUACUUGUCUGUCAUUUCCUCUUACUAUUUAUUACAUUUUCAAAUUGUGAAAACUACCUUUUCAAUUGAGGAUAUAUAUAUACGUAAAUAUAACCGCGUGUCUUUCUACAAUGAGUUCUGCAACAGGAUCUUAUUAAAGUAAAUAAACAAAUUCAAGUUUAAUUGAAUUCACUUUCUUCUCUUCAACUACCUGUUUACCUCCUUGUAAACUUCGUUACACAUUGAUUUGUUUUGUUUGUUCGUGUAUGCUGAUGAUGUGGUUGGCAUAAUCUAUACAACAGAUAGAAGUGUAAAGAAAAAGAAGUAUUCCCUAGAUGAACACAGUCCUCGCUUUUUUUUUUCUCAGAUUUGUAUUUCCUUCUCCUUUGUCUAGUUGACUAUGCAUUCGUAUUACGCAUUAAUAGGUACACAGUUAAUAUUGAUGUAUGUGUGAGUAAUUUGCUCAUUUAUCCGGCCAUCAGUUAGGACAGUUAAUCCUCACACAUAUAUUCACCAAAACACUAAUAUGCAGAGAUUUCACAGACACUAUAACACUAUUUGUUUGAUAUUUUAGAAUUGUUGUUAAUGUCGUUAUAAUAUCCUACCUUUAUUGAUGUUACUAAAAUCACUGUUAUUAUUACUACUAUUAUGGAUAAUAGUAUUAAUAAGAAUUUUAUUAGUUUGAGUCAGAAAUUGAGCUUUCUUGGGGUUCUCCUCUUCUGUGCCGUUAUGCUUGCACCGUUUCUCGGCGCUAUACCCUC